AUCAGAAGAAUCAGGAGCGUGCGGGGCAAGCGCAAGGGUGCUUUCUGGCAUGAGUGGUACUCUUGCGGUAUAACAGGGUAAAGCGUCCUGUACUUCUUCUCCGGAGCCCGGCGCGCGGAGAUAGAGGCUCUGAGUUCAGCUUCGUCCUUAAUUUUUUUUUUUUUUUUUAUUUUCUUUAAUGUGCCUCGCAGUGACUGAAGUAUCUUUCAUCCACUGUUUUCAUCACUAGAUGAAAAGACGCGGGACCGUGACGUGGGUCGGGCAGUAAAGGAAGGAGAGAGAUAAACUAAAGGGUUAAUAAUAAAAAAAAUAUAUAUUUUAUCCUAGGGCUCCGCGCUUUCAAACGGUGAUACUCGAGCGGAGUGAAGGGAGAUCUGCUCCAGCCCCACCCCUCCUCAAACCUUGCGCCGCUGCGCUCGCUCCCGCGAACCAGUCCUUGCCAUAGUGUCAUGGGGGGGAGUUCCUGCAGCGGGUCGGGUCUCUCCGAACCUCCACCAUCCGCUCGUCUUCUGCUCAUCCAUAUGGCUUGAGAGGGGGACGCGCGCCGCCGCUUCUUCAUUCUCAUCUGCUCUUCUUUUUCCUCCCAGAGCGUCCGAUUUCUGGCGGCGUUAGACCCUCAUUUCCCCGGCCUCACUGGCGAAGAGGCUACUCUGCGACCAUCAUCCUCUCUUCGCUCUGCGGCCACUUACGGCGAUUAUCCGUCUGUCGGCCCGCUGAGCGGAGUUGCCCCUCUUCUCAAAUUCAACCCCGACGAGGGCCUCGGCAGAAGCAGAACGGGGGCUUCGACUAGCCUGCAGACCUCAUCACCGGUCCUUGGUGACUGUAUUUUUUAUUUGUUUCUCUGUGGAGACUUUUUGGGUUGGGACACUGCAGAUGAGGAUGGGCUGCCUGCGAGUUUGGACUCUGGCGGGCUUGUUGAUGCUGUUGCUGGCCCUGUGGGAGGUGGGCUGUUCUGAACCGAGCCCCAGUCCCGAACCCCUGGAUACUGGCACUGCACUGCACAGACAGAAACGCAGCUGGGUGUGGAACCAGUUCUUCGUUCUGGAGGAGUACACAGGAGACGACCCCCUCUAUGUAGGCAAGCUGCACUCAGACGUGGAUAAAGGGGAGGGUCGGGUGAAAUAUGUCCUCUCCGGGGAGGGCGCCAGUUCCAUCUUCAUCAUAGACGAGAACACGGGAGACAUCCAUGCCACCAAACGGCUGGAUCGCGAGGAGCAGGCCUACUACACGCUCCGCGCCCAGGCUUUGGACCGCUACACAAACCGGCCUGUGGAGCCCGAGUCUGAGUUCAUCAUCAAGGUUCAGGACAUCAACGAUAAUGAGCCGAAGUUCCUGGAUGGGCCCUACACAGCAGGAGUCCCUGAGAUGUCCCCUGUUGGAACGUCCGUGGUUCAGGUGGUGGCGACGGACGCCGAUGACCCCACGUAUGGAAACAGUGCCAGGGUGGUCUACAGCAUUCUUGAGGGGCAGCCUUACUUCUCUGUGGAGUCGAAGACAGGUAUAAUCAGGACAGCCCUACCCAGCAUGGAUCGAGAGGCUCGAGACCAGUAUUUGCUGGUCAUUCAGGCCAAGGACAUGGUGGGGCAGAUGGGCGGACUCUCCGGCACCACGUCCGUCACUGUCACGCUCACAGAUGUGAACGACAACCCGCCGCGCUUCACUCGCAAAUCGUAUCAAUUCACCGUGCCGGAAUCCCUGCCCGUGGCCUCCGUCGUGGCCAAGAUAAAAGCCGCUGACUCCGAUGUUGGACCUAAUGCCGAGAUGGACUACAGAAUUAUAGAUGGGGAUGGCCUUGGGAUGUUCAAAGUUGCACCUGAUAAAGACACCCAGGAAGGAGUAAUAACACUGCAGAAGGUGCUGGAUUUUGAAACGAAGGCCAGCUAUACGCUGCGGAUCGAAGCGGUGAACCGGAACAUCGACCCACGUUUCGUGAACCUCGGCACCUUCAGCGACACCGCCACCGUGCACAUCACCGUGGAGGAUGUGGACGAGCCACCCGUGUUCUCCUCACCGGUCAGCAAGAUGGUGGUCUCCGAGGCCGCCAAGUUGGGCACCAUCAUCGGGACGGUCUCAGCCCAUGACCCGGACUCCUCCAAUAGCGCCAUCAGAUACUCGAUUGACCGCAACACGGAUCUGGAGCGCUUCUUCAACAUCGACGCAACAACGGGCGUUAUCAGCACUGCAAAGCAGCUGGACCGAGAAGUCAAUGCUGUGCACAACAUCACCAUAUUCGCCAUGGAAAGCCAGGAUCCAUUGCAGGUGGGAAAGGGGAUCGCGCUCAUCACCGUGAUGGACAUUAAUGACAACGCCCCUGUCUUCGCCAUAGACUACGAAACCUUCCUCUGUGAAGACGCCAAACCUGGACAGGUGAUCCAGACCAUCAGCGCCGUGGACCCGGAUGAGCCACCCAGUGGUCACAGGUUCUUCUUCGCUCUCACCCCAGAGGCAGCCAGUAAUCUCAACUUCACCCUCAGAGACAACAAAGACAACACGGCCUCCGUCUUGACAAAACGCGGGGGCUUCCGGCGCCGGGAGCAGUCGCUCUACUGGCUGCCCAUCCUGAUCGGGGACAGCGGGACGCCAUCUCUAAGCAGCACCAACACCCUGUCGAUCCGCGUGUGCGACUGCGACCCGGACGGCAUGGCCCAGUCCUGCAGCGCGGAGGCCUACAUGCUGCCGGCGGGGUUGAGCACCGGCGCCCUGGUCGCCAUCCUGGCCUGUGUCCUCACGCUGCUAGUGUUGGUCCUGCUCAUCGUGACGAUGCGGCGGAGGAAGAAGGAGCCGCUGAUUCUGGACGAGGAGCGAGACGUGCGCGAGAACAUCGUGCGCUACGACGACGAGGGCGGCGGCGAGGAGGACACGGAGGCCUUCGACAUGGUGGCGCUGCGCAACUUGAACGUCAUCCGCGACCACAAGGCGCGCCGGGACGUGACGCCCGAGGUGCCCAUCUUCUUCUCCUCCAGGCCUCCGCCUUACAAGACCGUGCCGGACAACGGCAUCUUCCGGGAGUUCAUUUGGGACAGGCUGAAGGACGCGGACGUGGACCCCUCGGCACCACCCUACGACUCCCUGCAGACCUACGCCUUCGAGGGCAGCGGCUCUGUCGCCGAAUCGCUCAGCUCGCUGGAGUCGCUCAGCACGGACUCUGACCAGAACUACGACUACCUCAGCGACUGGGGUCCACGUUUCAAGAAGCUUGCUGACCUCUACGGCCACAGCGAGGGCAGCAACAUGUUCUUAUAGCCUUGUUUCUGUUUCCAGCGAACUGCGGAAUACAAACUAACGGAAAACACAUUUGAGAAGAAAAAGAAAAACAUGAAACAAACAAAUUGUCAAAGAGAGCCUUUCUCUUGGACGUAGGAGACAGCUUUGUGAAUAUUGAUCAGUGACAACAUCUGAAAGUGGGAUGAUGUUUGAUUUUCAAAGGUUUGCUGUGCCCAGAGCCGGCUAGGAUUUUCGGAAAAGAUCAACUUUUGGAAUUUCGCUUUUUUUCAUAGUGAUAAUAAAAAGCAGAUGAUAGAAGUCAGACCUUUGAAAGGUUAACUGCUGAUUUUAAGCUGGAUCCAGACCUGGAGGAGAGACCUUGUGGAUCAGUCAGUUUUUCUCUGAUAGGCCAGAACCCAACAGUCUUUUCGCCAGAUGUUUCAGUCCAGCCCAUUGCAAUCCCCUCCCAAGGACACAAGUCGACUUUUAAUUAUUAUGAUAUUUUUAAUAUUCAGUAUACUCUAAGUGAUUCCUUAGUACAGCCACAUUUUAACUAUCCCAACGGUCAGUAUGUACUUGACUGCUUGACCUCUGUCGAUAAUUUUUUUUUUUAACUUUCUUUUUUUUUCCCCAUAUUAAUCUUUGUCAAAUCCUUCCUGGAAUAACUCCCAUCAUGGACUGAGUUUGGAGAAUUCUUCGUGAUCGGAAAGAGGAAUAGACACAUUCCGUCAAUAUUUCCCGUCAGAUGUGUUUAUGCCAGAUGUGGGCCCGGCGAGGUAGCGCCUCCAUCAAUAUCGACCACUCCGCCUCGCCAGGUAUUCCAACGUCGCUGCCGAAGGAGUAAACACCUUCCUCGCGGCCCCUUGGUAAACUCUCUUGCUCGCUGUUAGAUGUUUGUUUGCAAGAGCAUCGCUGCACCUGUUGCAGUGCCCGACUCUGGGUCUGGGCUCCUCCAGACGUGCUAAUAUUGGCGGUGACCGUUUCCUGAGCGAAAGGUGUGUUAAGGACACGCCGACCAGCUGUCUUUUAUUAACUAAGGCCGUCAAGUCGGGAGUCUGCAGACUUCCAGUUUUUCAGUUAACUGUUAGAAUCACUCUUAAAAACAAUAACCCCACAGAGGCAGUAAAUGAUUUUUCCAGGCCUGGCAUUUGCCCAUUUCCUUCUCAGUGUUAUUACUGUAGUAGGAGCGCAGAUUGAUGCUUGACUCCUCUGUCCGAUGAAGGUGCUUCGUUGAGUGCUGUCGAUGCCGAACUCUGCCCGCGUGGGUCAUACAGUCUGUGAAGCCCAAAACGUCCCGAGCCAGGUCCAUAAUGACGGUCCUCAUCUGUAGGAGAAUACAGAGCAGCAGUUGCUGGAAUGAAUGCUUUUGAGACUCAAAGUCAAGGAUGCCCAUGAGCCUCUCCAGCACUGUUUAUACAUAAUAACCAAGGUUCAACAGCAGCGGGGAAAAAAGAAAUCAGAAUUGGAAACUUCAAAAUAAUAUUAAAUUUGAAUUUCAAACCCAUUUCCUUGUUUUUUUUUUCUUCCUUUUUUCCUCAUUUUAUUCUUUAUUCAGUCCUCAGUUCAUACAGUUAAACAAAACUGAGUAUUUUCCGCAGAAGCGCCUGAAAAUCGGACCGUUAUUUUUUUCGAGGUGGCUGACAACAAAAAGGACACUGUUGCUGUGUCAAGAUUAGCCAGAUGCAUAUUGGGGGGAAAAUGUAUUCAUUUUCAAAAGAGAAAGACGGCCCCUCCGCCAUCGCCUGCAGCGGGAGUGGAAAUCGUGGGACUGGAUGGAUCUCUCUGUUCCUUCUGCCUCUUGCCUUGGGAAGAAGCCACUUUUUCAGAAGGAUCGUCGCUGGUCCAGACGCAGCCUCAGAAAUCACAGUCUGCAGAGACGCCCAUGAUGUAUGGCACCCACCCCCAAGGGCCUAAAUAGCCUUUGCAAAUUAGUCAGCCAUUUCCACAAGAAGGAUGAGACUGUUGUUUUAUGUUAUUCUCUUUCUUUCUCUCUCUCUCUCUCUCUCUCUCUAUCUCUCUCUCUCUUCCUCUCACACACACGUAUACACACACACCGGAGCGGUUCAUACCAUGUGAGGACAAUGUACUACCAUGAAUACUAAUAAAGAUGCAAGAGGAUAGACAUUUUUCCAAUACAACAAAUUUAUAAAUUCAUCCUCUGCAUUUUCAAUUACGAGUGGAAAGAGGUUUUUUAUUACUAUUAUGUAAGCUUUUUUGAGGUUAUGAGCGCUCUCUAUAUAUGUGUGUGUGUGUCUGUGUGUGUGUGUGUCAAGCGCUAUAUAUACACACAU